CAUCGCUGUUGCGGUACAUGAAAGCCGGGAUCCUUCGCACUUUAGCGCAGCGGUUGGAGGGGUGGGGGACUUUGCACGCCUCCGAGCCGUGCUCCGGACUCAGAAGCACCCCCUACGCGAAAACACUCCGGAUGUCGCUACAGCUCAGCUUCAUUUUCACUCUCUCUUGUUUAGGUCGGGCCGCUUCCUCCUACAGCGGCUGCCGACGAAGUCAGACGAGGGCUAGCACCGUGGGAAGUGUCGGGGUCCCGCUGCUAGUCUGAUAGUGCCGGCUACAUUUAGGUCGGCGGCCGUGACUACCGCAAACCAGGAUAGAUGAUCUCCAGAGAUGUAGCCGGGGCUGCACACCUCCGUUACUCGGAAACUGUCAGAAUCUUCUGCGGAAAGUUUCUCUCUUCGGAUGGAGGAGGUUUUGAGACAUAGCGGUUGCCACGGCGCCGUUUUCUCCCCGGUUUUUGUCUGUUUUUCUGCCUGUCAGUGAUAAUGGAAGGAGACAGGCUCUGAGUGACACAAUGUCUUGGGGGGAGUUCAUCGAGCUACGUGACCUGCGCACAACCAGAGAGCAGACAGAGCUGACGGGCGCACAUUUGCCCUGCUCACCUCCUCGCCUGGAAAGAACCAACGCCCUGAGGAUCAGCCCAGGGAAGGUCCCAGACCUGCUGAGCCGGGUGGGCAUCAUCAGAGUCCUGAGUAGCACCCAGGACCCCCAGCUCACAGAGGAGAAGGGAGAAGGACACAAUUUCCAACCCUGCAGCUCCGCUCAGCCCACGUGGUGUGACCUGUGUGGAGACUUCAUCUGGGGCCUUUACAAGCAGAGCCUGCGGUGUGUCAAUUGUAAGUUCACGUGCCACUACCGCUGUCGUGCCCUGAUCCACCUGGACUGCAGCUGGGACCGGGGCUCUUCGUCUGACCAAACAAGUGUUGUCGAGCAAACCAUAGAAACAGACACAAAUGUGGACGAACAAGUUGAAUGUGGAAAGCAGGAGUUGACAACUACAGAUAUUCAGCAGAAGGUGAAGGAAUACAACGCUCAGAUCAACAGCAAUCUGUUCAUGAACAUGAACAAGGACGGUUCCUACACUGGCUUCAUAAAGGUGCAGUUCAAGCUGGCGCGACCUGUGUCAGUUCCACCCCCUAAGAAAGGAGGACACGAUGCUGGAGGAAGAAAGGCUAGCGAAGUGAAACGUCGCACCUCUUUCUACCUGCCCAAGGAUGCAUCCAAGCACCUGCACAUAAGCUCUCGCACUUCUGCUCGUGAGGUCAUUGAGGCCUUACUGAAAAAAUUUACCGUGGUGGACAAUCCUGGCAAGUUUGCUCUGUUUGAGCGCAGCGAGCGUCAUGACCAGGUCUAUGUUCGCAAGCUGUCUGAUGACGAGCAUCCCCUGCGUCUGCGUCUGUGUGCUGGACCCAGUGAGAAAAUCCUCAGUUUUGUGCUCAAAGAAAAUGAAACUGGAGAAGUCAAUUGGCAUGCCUUCUCCGUCCCUGAGUUAAAGAACUUCCUGCGGAUUCUGCAGCGUGAAGAAGAGGAACACGUCAAGCAGAUAGUGCAGAGAUAUGCUCUGGCUCGCACUAAGAUGCAGGAGGCCCUGGCUGGCUCCACCCCUGGCUGAGACGACUCUGCGCUCGGGGUUACACGUGCACCUCUUGGCUGGACAAUCACCUGAAGAUGACCAGUCAUCACUGCAUCCAAAGAUCCCAGAGAACACAACUCAAAAUGCCUCUUCGGUGAACGAGAGAGUGAGACAGGGCGCAAGACAAUGAGAGAGAGCUAGCGCGAAUGUGCGUGUGAAAUGAUGCGAGAGAUGAGACGUGCCUUACACCUGGAGAGUCUGAUGUGCCUGAGAGAAUGAGUUGAGAGAAAUGAAGACUGGCAGAUGAGACAGCAGUUGUAUUCCUGUUUGGGUACCAUCUGAUUAUCCUGUACCUCAGCUAUGUUACUUUAACUUUAAAGAAAAUGUCAGUGGUGGUUUUGGCAUUAUAAGGUAUUAAAAAGAAUCCCUUUGUCAGUAAUACAUUAGUAGAAAGAGUGCAAGAACUGUGUUGUAGUUGAGCAAAAAAAAAAAAAUCUUUAAUGACAUUCCUGUUAUUUUUCCAGAAUACGAGUUUGAAAAACAUGUCAAACAAGCCGCUACUGCCAUGUUUGUUCGUUUUUUUUCAGUUAUAUUCAAUCUGGUCUUGAACAACCUACCACGAAAAAUAUACCUUUCAACCUCUUAUUGACAUUUUCCAGACUGAUAUCCUGUAAGAAAGUUAAACACAUAUUUGCUGCUGAAAGGUAUUUGGAUUUUCAUGAGGCCCAGUCUCGAAAGUCUGCCAUGUCCACUCCACACCCCAAAUGGGUGCAACUCUGUUUUUUUUUAUUACUUUUUUUUGUUGUUGUUGUAGUUUUGUGAGUAUGACCGAUGUAUGGACAUUUGUAUGCAAUUUUGAAUGUCAGGGAGCGCAAUGUCAAAGUCACUCUGGUUGACUGGAAUCAUGUAUGAAUAUUGAUUAUAUGUGUGUUUCACUGAAAGCUGUUCUUCCUUACAUCUUUGUUUUUUUUCUGUCCUUCAAGAAAAUGUCUGUCUUCUGUUUUCCAUCUUACUUUCAUUGUAUCCAUCUAUGCACAAAUUUACAUGUUGUAGAACCUUAAAAAUGUGUGUCAACACUGCGUUCAGUAAAGUAUUUACAAGUUCUUUCAA